UUCAUCAUUUUUGAGACCUAAAUGUUGGGAUUCCCCUGUCACCAGUAAAGAAACUGACACUUCAAAAAAAUCUCAAUUUUUAAAGUCUUUGAGAUGAACAGCCCUUUGUGCUGAAAACAGGAUGCAUUUCCAGUUCUCAAAGACAACAUGGCCCUUUCAUGGAAAUCUAGUGAAAAACCCUGCAUCUGGAUCACUUAUAACCUGAAAUGAAGAGCUGAGUAUCUGAAAGGAAGGGCAGUCUUGUCGUUAAGACACCAGCCAGGAGUUCAGGACACAGGGGUUCUAUUCCCUACUUUGUCACAGACAUUUGUGCAACUUUUGACAUUUGGACCCCAGAGGAAAGGAAGGAGAAGAAUUCCUCACGGCAUUUCAGGGAAGGAUAACUAGAAACACUGGAUUGGUGCCGAAUGUGGAGGGAAAGGAUGAAGCCACCGGAAUGUACUCUAAAUUAAUAAUGAAUGUGACAGAAUCCAGAGCACCCAUUUUAAUCAAGAGAAUAAUGAAGGAAAACACACAUCAAAGUCCAGUGUGAGAGAGAGACAAUCAGCAGUUCAUUUGCAGCCAUGAGCCAGCCCACCCCGGCCACCACAGAGCCACCUGGCCAGCCUGGACAGAGGAACCUUACCUUCGAGGUUGUGGACAUCAUUGUUGUCAUCAUUUAUUUUGUCUUCGUCCUUGCCGUUGGGAUAUGGUCAUCCAUACGGGCAAGCCGGGGGACAGUUGGAGGGUAUUUCCUGGCUGGACGGUCCAUGACAUGGUUGCCUAUUGGAGCCUCCCUGAUGUCAAGCAACGUGGGCAGUGGCUUGUUCAUCGGCCUAGCAGGUACAGGAGCAGCUGGGGGCCUCGCCGUCGGGGGCUUUGAGUGGAAUGCUACCUGGGCGCUGCUGGCCCUCGGCUGGAUUUUUGUGCCUGUUUACAUUGCUGCAGGAGUUGUCACAAUGCCCGAGUACCUGAAGAAGAGAUUUGGAGGACAGAGGAUUCAAGUCUACAUGUCCGUACUGUCCCUCAUUCUCUAUAUAUUCACCAAGAUAUCAACAGAUAUUUUCUCUGGAGCGCUGUUCAUCCAAGUCUCCCUGGGCUGGAACCUUUACCUGUCCACCGUGAUCUUGCUAGCCGUGACAGCUGUCUACACUAUAGCUGGUGGUUUAACGGCUGUGAUGUACACAGAUGUGCUGCAGACUGUGAUCAUGGUACUCGGGGCUUCGGUUCUCGCCUUUAUAGGGUUUGAAAAAGUCGGCUGGUUUGAAGGACUUAAAGAGAAAUACAGCACCAUGAUACCCAGUGUCAUCGUCCCAAACACCACCUGUCACCUCCCACGCGCUGACGCCUUCCACAUGCUCAGGAACCCUGUCACUGGGGACAUUCCUUGGCCUGGGCUUAUCUUCGGCCUCUCUGUGCUGGCUACUUGGUGUUGGUGCACUGAUCAGGUUAUAGUACAAAGGUCUCUCUCUGCCAAGAACCUCUCCCAUGCCAAGGGUGGAUCAGUGCUGGCGGGUUAUUUGAAAAUGCUCUCGAUGUUUUUCAUUGUCAUGCCUGGUAUGAUCAGCAGAGCUCUUUACCCAGAUGAAGUGGGAUGUGUGGACCCGAAAGUCUGUGAAACCGUCUGCGGAGCUAAAGUGGGUUGUUCUAACAUUGCCUAUCCUAAGCUCGUAAUGGGACUCAUGCCUGUAGGACUACGGGGUUUGAUGAUAGCUGUGAUGAUGGCAGCCCUGAUGAGUUCCCUCACCUCGAUCUUCAACAGCAGCAGCACGCUCUUCGCCAUAGAUAUCUGGCAGCGGAUCCGCAAGAAAGCCACGGAGCAGGAGCUCAUGAUUGUUGGCAGAGUGUUUGUUCUCAUCCUCAUUGUCAUCAGUAUUCUCUGGAUUCCCAUCAUUCAGAUGUCCAACAGCGGUCAGCUCUUUGACUACAUUCAGUCCAUAACCAGUUAUCUGGCCCCACCAAUUACUGCCCUCUUCGUCCUGGCAAUCUUCUGCAAGAGGAUCAAUGAGCCCGGUGCUUUCUGGGGCCUCAUGUUCGGGCUGGUAGUAGGUGGCAUUCGAAUGAUCAUGGAGUUUUCCUAUGGGGUGCCCUCCUGUGGCGAGGAGGACCCAAGACCAGCUGUCCUAAAGGAUGUACACUACCUGUACUUUGCCCUCAUUCUCUGCGUGCUCACUGCCAUCGCCAUUAUCCUGAUUAGUCUCUGCACCCCACCAAUCCCAGAGGAAAAGCUGGCUAGCCUGACGUGGUGGACUAGACACAGCAAACCUCCCGCAAUUGACCUGGUGAGCUACAAGAGCGAGUCGGCGGAGGUAAAUCCUUCAGUGGGCGAGAGUGACAGGGACGUGCCGACGUGGGAGAACACGGAUUCAGGGAGCAAAGAACAUGGAGCAGUGAGCCCUCCUUGCUGGAAGAAGUUAUAUUUCUGGUUCUGCGGGAUCUCCAGCAGCCCAGGACCCACACUGACCAAGGAAGAGAAAGCAGUCCUGGAAAGGAAACUCACCAGCAUUGUGGAAAAGCCCUUAUCAAAGAUUGUUUGCAACAUUAAUGCUAUAAUCCUACUAGCUUUUAACGUCUUUCUGUGGGGAUACUUUGGCUGAAGACG